GUGUGGAUCAUACACGCCCAUUAACUCGGCCCUGGGGGGAGUAGAGUCACCUUCUCUACUCUUCACUUGGGCAAUUCCUGUCUGGCGCGUCCAUGUCGCGGGGGUGGGCAUCUUACACUUCAGUAGGCCGGAGUGUGUAGAUGGCGAAGUUCAGCAGGGACCCAGUCCUGCGGGGUAUAACGCGGAACCCGUGCCCAGGGUUACGGGUGAAGACUUCAACAAGUGGAGGCACAUCGCGAGAGCUACGAUACCCAGGGAAAAUGCAUCAUUGUCAACCACGAGCAUUCUGUCAAGAAUGUACGACUGAGGAGGAGGAUGCUGCUCUACGGUCGUUCUACACAAGAUAUCCUUUUCAGUAUUUCAUGUGAUAUGAAAUAUGUAUUAAGAUAAGAUAUAUGUUACAUCGAAGAACAACCGUCAAGAAACUCAUUCAAUAAUGUAUCAACUUCAAUUGUUUUUUUUGUAUUUUUUCAGUAUGUUGGUUACAGAAUGUCUUUAAAUGUCAUUACACGUUGACGUUAUAUAUUAUUACAAGAAAUCAAAGUUGUAUGUUUUAUAACAACUAUAAGUGUAACUGUUAAAUAUAUUUGUUGCUUGCAAGCACACAAUCGAACAUAUAGAGUUCCAUAGAAGGACAACUGUCAACAAACUGUAUUGUGCUAUGAAUAAUAUUGUGAUGUAAUUGUUCCACGCGGAGACAGACAGAGUCUGCUUCCAGUCGCUACUUGAUGAGAUGUAAGGAUUCAUUCGCAUUCGCACAAUACGAAUAUCUUCAUAGUUGUGUCAAACACAAGACAACUGUCAAGAGGCUGGUGACGAUGUGCCGUCAACCGCGCUUGUUCUAACUGUGUGCGUCGAUAUAUGUCGCGUGAAUUAUAUUGUAUUUAAUGUUUCCAUAUUCAUGUCUUGAAUCCAAAGGCCUCACGUUUGUUAAAUACUCAAUGUGAUAUAUCAAUAUGUAUUAAAUAUUGAACAUUGCAUAGAUUGUUUCCAUUACGUCACGUAAGGUGUCCGAUGAGGUUUACUCAAUCAGUGUUUGUGACUAUGUAGCUUGACUCGAGGUGGCGCUCCACAAGUCCGAGGCCAUGUGCUUUCAUGGCCGCGGGAACGCGCCACCUCCGGGUGGGUCCCAAAUAACGGCGGGAGGAGUUUCCAUCGGCGUCGAGACGACGAUGAAGUACCUAGGACUCGUCCUCGACAGUCGAUGGAACUUCGUGGAACACUUUCGACGUUUGGCUCCUAAGUUGGAACGGACGGGGGCUGCGCUUAAGCGGCUCCUGCCAAACCUCGGGGGCCAAAUGCCUCCUGCCGGAGGUUGUACGCGGGGAUCGUGCGAUCCAUGGCCCUCUACGGCGCCCCUGUGUGGGCGCCGAACCUGAUGCGGCGGCCAGCUCGGGCGCUGCUCACAUCUCAGAGGGUCAUGGCCAUCCGGGUGAUCCGUGGAUAUCGCACGAUCUCCGGGGAGGCGGCGAACCUCCUUGCCGGAUUACCGCCGUGGGAUUUGGAGGCGAAGGUGCUCGCGCACGUGUUCAGUUUGCGCGCCGACGCGUGCCGCCGGGGCGAAACUCCACUGUCGCGCCAGAUCAGUGCGUGGCGGGACGAGCUCCGGCGCGAUCUCAUGGCGGAAUGGCAGCAACGACUGUCGCAACCGAGGGCUGGGCUCGCUGUCAUCGCAGCGGUAAGUCCCCUCUUUGAGGAGUGGCUAGAGAGGCGCCACGGCGUCCUCACCUACCGCCUGACGCAGGUGCUUACCGGACAUGGGAGUUUCGGUAGGUUCCUGUUCCUUAUUGGGCGGGAGGAAACGCCCGGGUGUCAUCACUGCGAGGACCGCCCGGAGGACACGGUAGAACAUACGGUGGCGGUGUGCCCUGCGUGGGCUGAGUACCGCCAAGUCCUCAGGGAUGUGGUCGGCGACGGCGACCUCUCGCGCCCGGCACUGGUUCAGGCCAUGGUGCGGAGCGAGAGGGACUGGGAUGCCGUCUCCUCUUUCUGCGAAGCAGUCAUGCUAGCUAAGGAGGAGGCGGGGCGCGUGAGAGAACAAACCUCCUCACGCCCCAGCCGUCGCGAGAGACACUCCGGGCGUCGGGGAUCGCGGGACGAUCUCCGGCCACCGUAAGUGCGGGCCUGCGGGCGGCGAGUAAGGGUAGCUCACCGCCCGAACAGAACCAGACCCGUGCGUACGGCGCGUAGCGUUCCGCGCGCGCCUCAAAGAGCCAUCAGACCACCACAGAUGGGGCCCAGUAGGGCUGAUGCCUGAUCCGGAGCUGCGGACUACCUAGCGGGUUUACCGGGGCUCCGGCUCGAAAAGCAGGAGAAGGAACGGGGUGGUUUUUAGUCAGUAAGAGUCUGACACUCCCUCUCGCCUCGCCCAAGGCGGGAGAAGUCAUUGGAUGAUUUUCCACCCUAAAAAAAAAAAAAAAAAAAAAG